CAUCGGUCUAGGAUUAUUGAAAUCACUGAAUAGGAUUGUAGAGUCUAUCGAACAAAUGUGGAAAAUGUAUACAAGUCAACAUGGGGUUUUAUUAGAAAAUGUCAUAGGUUGAGGAAUUUGAAGAAAGGUGUCUCAGGAACUCUACGUGAGCCUAAGACAGUCACCCACUUGAAACCCACAGAAAGGAUGUAUCUCCGCACUGUUCACUGAUCACAGGAUUAUUGUUUACUUCACUUGGAUUCUACAUAACAAAUAUCGACAUGGCACAGAGAGUAACUCUACCACCUAUAUCACCCAUAGGCGGGGGGCAAAACUACGAUGUUGUGGAGCAGGAUUACAAUGCAAUUCGUGUGGACAGCCCCCGCCAUAAACAAGUAUACGUCGAGUCGGGCACAUUAAGUCCACGUUUCAACAACCUUGAAAGUAAAGUGUCGCAAGCGUUGACAACUCAAAACCACGUCCUGUCGCAGCAGCAACAGGUAGCCGACGCUCUCAGUCAGCAGCAGGCCAUGACAAAAAACUUGAUUGAGAAAGCUUUUCAGAACCGAGAUGAUUUCAUAGACAGUCUGGCCCGAGCAAAAGAUGACAGAAUAGAGUCGAACACUCGGUAUCUGUUACAGAACCAUCUACGAUAUAUAACCACCAUUGUUCAGAGGUUGAGCCAGGACAUCGCUGAGCAGGAAGAACAGCUACGUCUGCGUGAUACAGUUGUUGUGGGGACCAACAAAGCUGUGGGGAAGAUAGAAGUCCACAACAUCACGAGUCUUCAGGACCUACGCAGCAGAAUCGUCCGGUGUGAUGCCAGCCUCAUCAGACACUCCUCGGACAUCAGAAACUGCUUCAAUGACAUUGGUGUUGUGUCAAAGGAACAACAGUACUUGAAAGAGAAUCUUACUGAAAAAAUACAUCGACUUGAAGCAGAGAUGCUGUCGAUUACUGCAGAGUUGGAAAGAAUGACUGGAAACCAAAUGACUGAAAUAGUUCAUGUGAAAAAAAAUGCGAACAGAGAAAUUGAAAUACUGGACGAGAGGAACCAUGCUGCUGUGUUGGAAGUGAGAAAUGCCAUGACCUCCCACAGAAUGACGAUGGACUCCCAGCAACACAACAUGGAACUCAAGUUCACAGCAAUGAUGAACAAAGCUACAGAGGAAUGGAAUGCUGUUCUGAAUCGUCUAGAGCGAACAAUGGGUGAUACAGCCAACACAUUUAGCAGUCGACUUCACCACCUGGAGCAGGUCGUGAUGGCUGACAGGGAAAUCCUACGUGAUCUACAGUCGCAUGUGGAGAAGCGAAUGCUGCACAGGCUUGAAGUUCACAGCCGUCACCACCAGGAGGAGCUUGCAAAAUCUAAACGUGAAUUCCGUGAAGGUUUCACAUCUGUUCAUGACAGCAUAGCAAAUGCCAAAACAGUUCUUGAAGGGAAACAAAAAUUACUGGAGGACAAAUUAAGAAAAGAAAUCUCACAACUUCGACAAUUGAUUGUACUUGUUUAGUGAUCGACUUUGUAAAAUAUAUCAUAGUUAUGUCAUGUUUCAAUCAGAUGAAGUGAUUCAAACUUUUAUCCAGCUAAGAAAAACAAGUAGAAAUACAAGUCUUAUUAUUCCCAUACCAAGAAGUUUCAGAUGUAAACAAAUUUAUUUUAGGUCCUAAGGGAGGGAACUCAUCCAUACCCUAGCAUGUGUAACCACUCAGUAGUAUCUAUAUUGAUAAGACACAUUUGUUUCUUAUUUUUAAUUUUGUGUACUCAUUGUAAAGAACAUAGCAUGCACACUAAUUGUAUAAUAUGUAUAUUGUUUUAAUAUGUAAAUUGUUUUUACUUACAUUUUAUAGAGAAUUUCAAUGUACUUUCAAAUUUGCAUCAUACUUUACAACAUUUUAAGCUAGCCUAAUUUAUUUUCAAUUGAAAGUAUAAUGUAUUUAAGUUCACAUGCAUGCUUAUUUAUCCACAUUUGAAA